AUGGCGCUCCAACUGCCUGAUCUGCCGACGUUAAAAAUCUUCUCUUUCCUGGACGCGUUCAGCUUGCUCCAAGCUUCCCAAGUGAACAGGGAAUGGAAUAGAGUUGCCGAGAACGAUCACCUGUGGAGAAACCUGUGUCUGAAGAAAUGGAGCUUCUGCAACUUCUCCAAGUGCCUGGGCUCACAGACGUGGAAACAAUUCUUCCUCAAACAAACAAAGCAGGAGUAUCAGAUGGCCUUGGCGCAACCAGAGGACUUUAUCUUCAAAGAAGCAACUGGGAACCUCGGAAUCAUAGGACCUAUGGCUUAUCUGUCAGGAAAUGGCCCCACAAUGGGUGGACGGGAGAAGUCCAUCAUUUGUACCGUGUCGUCCAAGCACAUGCUUUAUGCCUGGGAUGUGCAGGAGGGCACUAUGAUCUGGUCAAGCCCCGUCCAGCAGCCUAGUAUCACGCAUCUGGCGACCCUCCCUCAGAUGCAUCUCGCAUUCACUGUGGAUUUGGAGGGAACCGUCAAAGUGUGGAAUUGUCAGGAUCAGGAUGCCCUGGCCACUUUCCCCGUGUCUCAGGCCUGCUUUUCCUUGGAAGUCUGUCUCACAAAGGAUGGCCCAUUCCUGAUGGUCGGCAAUUCUGAAGGUGACAUCUACACACUGACAGUGCCUGAGCUCAGGGGUGUUUCUAAAGUCCACGCAUUUAAAUACACUGUUGACCUUCUGCACUGCUCUCCUGACAAGAAAUGGGUCUUUGCAUCUGGGACACAUCAGAACAUCUUGCCCAGGGUCUUUUUCACAGAGUGCUUACUGAAACCAUCGGAAGGCAAAAGCCCUCUGUCACUCUCUAUCCCGUUUUCGUCAUGCUGCAGAGCCUGCUGGGCCCCAAGGAGGACAAGCAGGAUAACACUGAUGUACCGAAGAGGCUCUUCCAAAAAGACAGGAUUUACCACCUUUGACCUAAUGACCGAGAGGACUGGGGGCAGAACAGUCAUCCAAGUGUGGGAAGAGGAAGGCCGUUAUCCAUACCUCAAGAGCUGCUGUCACCUGGAACACAUAGGGAGUGACCUGACGCCCAGCUGGUAA